UCUACUAGUUUCUACGACAUGGCCCUAUAUCGGCCAUGGAAAAUGGGUUACCGAUGUGUUAUGAUCUUAAAACGGUAGCAAAACGUUCAAAGAAAGUAUUAAGGGUAUUAACUUCUCUAAUACUUAAGUUACUUAUUAUUUUGUUAAUGACACAAAUUUUUGUUGAACGAACAUUUGCUGCAUACCGAGGUUCAUGUGAAAGUGAAAAAAAUGAGUGUUUACAUGGAAUUUGUCGGAAUGGAGAAUGUGUUUGUGACAGGGGCUGGAAAGGGGAGUCGUGUCAUUUAUGUGGUGGACGUAAUAUGUUGAUGUCAUCUUCUGGAAUCAUCAGUGAUGGUGCUGGUAAUUACAGCCUUGAUACUCAGUGUGCUUGGUUAAUAGAUAGUGGGGAGAGAAAUGCAACAAUUCACCUGGAGUUAGUUAAUUUUGAAACACAGUGUAGCAGGGACCAUUUGUACAUCUUUGAUGGAGACUCCAUUUUCUCUCCACUUGUGGCUGCAUUCAGUGGUCAUUACAGAAUAGGAGAAAAUCCAUUACACCAGCAAGAAGUUAUGACACAUUCGGGUUCAGCCUUUCUGUUCUUUUUUAGUGACAGUUCGUAUAACAUGAGUGGUUUUACUCUCUUUUACAGAAUAAAUGGGUGUCCGCUGAAUUGCUCGGAGCAUGGAGUAUGCGUAGAUAAUCAGUGUACCUGCUGGGCAGGUUGGGCUGGAAAAGAUUGCAGUUACCCAGUAUGUCCAGGAAACUGUAACCAUGGCACUUGUGACCGUGAGAACCACCACUGUAUAUGUGACUCUGAAUUUAGAGGUCCUGAUUGCAGUAUGUCAACAUCUGAAGGGGGAUGGGAGGUAGUAACUGGAGAAGGAACAGUAGUUCCAAGGGCCCUACAUCAGUCAUUAAUAUAUGAAGAUGUAUUGUGGGUGUUUGGGGGUGAAAGUUUUAAUCGAGAAGUCUUCCUGAAUGUUGCCAAAUUCAACUUCUCCAGUAAAUCAUGGGAAAACAUUGACUAUGUUGGGACUGAAAUUUCUCGCUGCUUACAUGGCCACUCUGUGGUAAUCUAUAAAGACCACAUGUAUGUGUUUGGAGGAAAGGAGAAGAACAGUGUUGUCGUGAAAGACUUUUGGUCAUUUGAUUUUUUGAACUGGUCAUGGAAAGAAGUGCUAGACUAUAAUGCAGAAAAAGAUUGUCUCACAGACCUCUGCAGUCCUGUAGCAGUUGUAGGUCACACAGCUAAUAUGGUGGGAGACAGGAUGAUUGUCAUAUUUGGGUAUAAUCCUGUAUUUGGCCACCUUAAUAUUGUACAAGAGUUCAGUUUUUUGUGGAACAGUUGGAAAACAGUGCAAACAAAUGGAGCCAUUGUGAAAGGUGGAUACGGACACACCAGUGUUUAUGAUGAGGCUACUCAGUUUAUUUAUGUACAUGGAGGAUAUCAUUCCCAAGGUGAAUGGGGUGAAGUAGUUGAUGUGUUAUAUGCUUACCAUCCCUUCCACCAGUCUUGGACAAUUCUGUCUCCUAGUGGAUCUUAUCGUUACCUUCAUAGUGCAGCUGUUCUUCAGGGCAUGCUUCUUAUUUAUGGUGGGAGCACCCAUAAUGACUCAGUUUUCAAUGCUGGAGACAAGUGCUAUUCUGCAGACUUUUUAGCUUAUGAUAUUGGCUGUGAUACUUGGCAUAUUUUGAAGUCACAGGCUGCAUUUGUUCCAGACCUUGAACGUUUUGGUCACACUGCAGUAACAUAUGAUGGGUCUAUGUAUGUUUUUGGUGGUUUUAAUGGUCAACUGAUGUCCAGUUUGCUCAAGUUCACCCCAGGAAGCUGUGAGAUUAAUGAAUCUUCUGAAGGUUGUGAAAUGUCACUUCCUGGACGAAAGUGUUGGUGGAAUUUUAACAAAAAAACUUGUGAACCAGUGUUUCAUACCUUAACAUAUAAAUCAUCCCAUCUCUCCUGCCAUAGAAGGAAUAUUAAUUUCACUUCCCUUUGUGAGAAGUUGACAUCCUGCCCCAGUUGUCUUGCCAACACGUAUGGUUGUGUAUGGUGUGGUUCUCUGUGCUCCUAUAAACGAUGUCCAAAGUCACAGAAAAAAACCAUUAGUUUAGAAGCAUGUGAAGAUACUGAAAGCAGCAACUGUGAUAAGCUCCAUGUGUGCCAUGCUUGCCACACUGAAUACCAUUGUGGGUGGGAAGCUAAGAGAAGGAGUUGUACAUUUGUUAGAGAAAUAAGUAACAAAACAGAGAAAGCAUUUAUGUCGAAUGACUUAAGAGUCACCUGUGAACCACCCUGUAGUAAUAGAUCAACAUGUGAAUAUUGUAUUGAAGGUAAUUGUGUUUGGUGCAGCAAUCAGAAGCAAUGUCUGGAAAAAAAUGCCUUAACAGCAAUGUUUCCUAUUGCCCAGUGCAUGGAAGUAGCUGCUAACAUUCAAAAGUGUGUAGGUUUAGAGUGUAAAGACGUUCAAAAUGUAGGGGAUUGUCAAGAGAAUCCUCGAUGUGGGUGGUGUGAUGAUGGUAGCGGAACUGGAAGAGGAACCUGUAUGGAGGGAGGAUACGCAGGACCAGUCACAUGGAAUGGUGUCUCCUAUUCUGUAAACACAUCUAUCUGUUCUGAAGAAAGAUGGUUUUUUACUUCUGUUCCUGAAUGCCAGUGUAAUGGCCACAGUACUUGUAUUAAUGGAAGUGCUGUGUGUAAACAACCAUGUCAACACCUGACUGAAGGAAAACAGUGUGAGCGUUGUAUUGAUGGUUAUUAUGGAAAUCCAGUGAAUGGAAGAAAUUGUGCACAAUGCUUUUGUAAUGGCCAUGGGGUAAUGUGCCAUCACAAAACAGGACAUUGUUACUGUACCACAAAAGGAAUAAUUGGUCAUAACUGUAGCAGUUGUGAUGAAAUUAAACAUUAUCUUGGAAAUCCAGAAGAUGGGGGAACUUGUUUCUAUAAUCUUGAUAUUGGGUUCAAGUACACAUUUGACAUGACAAAGAGUGAAGAUAAGUUCUAUAAUCGAAUAAACUUACUGAAUGUUCCUAAAGAAACUGAUAUUGAUGUUGAAUUUUCAAUCACCUGCUCGGGUGCAGCACUUGUUAACGUUUCUGUUGCCUCAGCUUUACUGCCUGAGCAGCCUUUGCUAGUAUUUCAUGAAUGUAAUAAAACCAAGCUUCACUUUGCUCAUAAACAGCAUUAUUUUGGUGCAAAGAAUACAACAUUUUUUGUGUAUGUUUUCAACUUCAAGACUCCAAUCAUCAUAGAAAUCUCCUUCUCCCAGCACAAAUCUCUUGACCUUCUCCAGUUCUUCAUCACGUUUUCUAGCUGUUUCCUUACACUUCUUGUCAUUGCUGCUGUACUCUGGAAGGUAAAACAAAAGUAUGACUUGUACAGAAGAAGACAGCAAUUGUUUGUUGAGAUGGAACAGAUGGCUAGCAGACCAUUUGCUGGAGUUCUUCUAUCAGUAGAUAACCUUGACUUGUCUGAAAUUAGCGAAAAUACUGAUUCUUCAUAUCCUGCCCCUGUGGCUUUAGAACCAUGUUUGGGGGGUAAAGCAGCAGUACUUAGCCUGAUUGUCAAAUUGCCAACUAAUAACGAGAAUUACACUCCCCAAGGCCAGUGUGGUAUAGCCAUAGCUAGUGCUCUAGUAUCAUUAGGAAACCUGAAAAAAACAACUACGGCAGUGACAACUACUCCGGUGAUUAAGGAAGAAGGGAAAGUAGAACUUUGGAAGCCUCACAAUCACAGUGGAACUUAUAUAUGAUUACGAGUGAAUUUGGAUGUUUCAAGAUGCUUCAGUAAAGUCUACUACAGCUUUCAAAUUAAUGCCAGUGAUGUGACAGAACUGUUAUUAAUGAUAUUUUAGUGUCUCAAAAAAAAAAAGCCUGUGUCAUAAUUUUAAGCAUGUUUAUAUUUCUAAUAAUGUUGAAUGGUAGUGCAACAUUAUGUUUUGUCAUGAUAUAGUAGUAAAUAUUUAAAUUGAAGAAUCAUAAAAAUCUUUUAAGUUUUCCUACAGUGAAAUAUUUUAGGAACUGGGUAAAUUAUCAACAUUAGGUUGUACUUGCAUUGUAACCAGAUGUGUGACCUACAUAUUAAAGGUCAGUCAUUUGAUCAGUUUAUAACAUUUUGCUUAGAGUUGAGACAUUCAUGCUAUAAUUCAUUUUAGAUAUUUUAUCAAAAUGGUAAAUUUUGAUAGAAAUUGAAUUAACUGAACAGGAAAUAGUUAUGCCAGCUAGAUAUUACAUGAGUUUCCAACUUGAUUCAACAUGAACAAAUUAGAAUUUAGCUGUGUGUUGUUCAAUUUGAUCUUAUGUUCUAAUAACUGUAGACAAAUUUUAAUAACUUUCACUGGCUGAUUGUUUGGAAAAAUUUAAACAAUUUGAACUUGAUUAACAAUUUAUAUCAAAAAUUUGACUUUUUGUUUUAUAAUGUGAUUUUGAUUGGAGUACCAAACUUCAUGUUUACAGAACCACCACUUUGUGUAUUAACAUAUUUGUUAUUUAAACACAUCUGUUAGAAAAUACUGAUAGACUUUGGUAGAUGCUUUUCUAUGUCAUAUUCAUGAUAGUAAUUUCUAAUUAAUUUGGCAGUUCAAAAUUUCUUUGAAUGGCAUGUGAUUUUAAUUUUAUCAACAUAUGUUAUUAGGAAAUAUAAAAUUGUCAAAUGAAAACUUUUUUUUUCAAACUGUUUCACUGUUAAAUAAAAGUUCUGUGCAUUUACGAAAACUUGAUUUUAUAGAAAACUUAAAAAUACUUCUGGUGAAAGGAACAUUUUGUGUUAAAGAGAAUUGGAUGUUAAUUUUUUCUUUAAACUGUGAUUAUGGAUUUAUGCAGUUUCUUUGAAACUAGUCUCCUGUAAAAUCACAUCUCAUAAUUUAUAAUGAGGCAAUUGAGAUAAUGUAAGGAUUGAUGACAUGACAAUCUUUUUCUGUGUAUGAUCUUAUUCAUACAAAAUUGUAUUGGGAGGAAAAGAGAUCAAUUUAUUUAUAUGUCUACCUACAUUUUUCAUUGUAAGUAAAAUCUUUAGAUGUAUUUUGAACUUUUUACAGUAACUCACAACCAGAAAACUUUAAGUAAAUCUUAAAUAGAACAGUGACAUUAGAAACGAAGGUGCAUUUUUACUUCUUUAAAAACCUUGUUUUGGAACAAUAAACUAAGGCUGCAUUCAUAAAAAUUAAUGAUAAUCCUUACAGUGUUGGUUUUGGUCUGUGUGAAUUUUCUGUAGUAUUAACUCUACAGGAAAAGCCAUUUCUUUAAAACUUAGUUAGGUCUUAGGAAGUAUUGUUGGUUUGUAAAACCAAUGAUGUACUGCUACUGAGAUGGGUGCAGAAGUGGAUCAGCUGACUGUGGCAUACACUUUGUUGUAUAGAAGCCAAUGAAAUUAUCUGAUCAGGACCAGUCAACACGUAACUCUAAGACUUCAGGCGGAUAGUGCUUUAGUCUGUGCUCGUUCUCUAACUUUAUCUUAAUACAGCAAAAGAGAUUCCUGAGAUAUUAAGUCACUUCUUUUUCACAUGAAAUUAUCCAUUGUUUUGUCAACCUUAUAUGCUUUGUGGCACAACAAAUAUUUGUAUCCACAUUUUAGUUGUCUUCUAGACUUUAUCUCCAUGGCAUCUAAUGGUUACUCUCAACAUUUUAUCAGGUUUUACUCAAGUUAUACACCAGGUAGUUGUAGUCCUAAAGACAGAAUUGAAAAUCAAAUGUUGCACAGUUUAACUUCUUUUUUAAGGUAAAUGGUUAUAAAAACAUCAACUUAAACAAAGCAGCCCUAGUCAUCAUGGCAUCUAAUGGUUACUCUCAACAAUUUAUCAGGUUGUACUCAAGUUAUACACCAGGUAGUUGUAGUCCUAAAGAAAGAAUUGAAAAUCACAUGUUGCACACUUUAACUUCUUUUUUAAGGUAAAUGGUUAUAAAAACAUCAACUUGAACAAAGCAGCCCUAGUCAUCAUGAAAGCAAAAUAACAGAAAUCAUAGUAUAGUAACAUCACAGAAAAUGUAUGUUUAAAUUAUGCCAAGUUUAUCUCUACUAUAGUUUGUAUUUUUGCACUUCUCUGUGAAUACCAUGAAAAGGAGCUUCAUAGUUAUUCAAAACCUUAAACAUUGUUUAUAUGCUGGAUUUAAGUUAAUUAUAGCUACACUUGCAUUUAUAAUGAAAAGGAAUGAUCAAAUGGAACUACUUUAUAGGUUUCUGAUUCUGAUAAUUAAUUUUUUAAUUUGGGUAAGAAUUCUAUGAAAGUCAUUUAUAUUAUAAUUCUGGUUCUUGUGCAUUUAAAAUGAACAUUAAUUAUAAGCCUAGUAUUUGACCAUUGAAUGUAAUAGAUAACAAAAUGACUUUUUUUUGUACAGAUUGUAAUAUAUGAAUGAACCAACUGUCAAUAAAGGUAGUUAAAUUUUUA